GUGUAUCUACAGAGCGGAGGCUCAGGAAACGGUACAGCCAGCUGAAGGUCGAGAGCACCUGUGGCGUCAACUGGAUUAAAAAUAAGAAUCUUUAGCAAGGAAGAGACAGGAACCCUAUGAUCUUACAUUACACAGACAACUGAAACGUGCUACUCUGAAACAAGAAGUACCUGGCUAUUUUAAGGAAUCCUAUUUUUGAUGCUGAUUUCCUAACCGUUGUGGAAAAAAAGGAGAAGUUGGCUAAGAGUUGAGAACCGAAUCCUCAGAGUCAUCAUUUUCAUCAAGUGUCUGAAGAGAUAGUUGUCCAUUCUGCGACUGGAAAGAUCCUGAGUGUACUUCUGCUUUGGCGACAGGAUGCAUCGGUGGGUUUUAACCUUAGCGAUUCUGCAUUGCACUGCAGCCCAAGGUUUGAACCUGCCAGUUAUUAACCCAAAUGUCUCAGAAUUAGUCCUGAAUGUGGGGCAGCAGCUGAGCCUUUACUGUGAGGGGAAUGAGGAUGUGACCUGGAUCACAAGGCUGGCAAAACACCAGAAACUGGAGAGGAAGUAUGGAAAAUACAGCCACUUCACAACCAGAGCUACAGCAGAAUUUACAGGCACCUACAAGUGUGCAUAUCAGAACCACACUGAUCUGUUUACCUCUGUGCAUGUUUAUGUGAAAGAUCCCAAGAUCUUCUUUGUAGCAGGGACGUACAGUAAUUAUAUUAUGAAGCCUGAAGGAGUGGAUGUUCUCCUGCCUUGUCUAUUGACUGAUCCGGGAGUCACAGAGUUGUCCCUCAGGAUGAAAAAUGGCAGUUCAGUCCCAAGUGGAAUGGUGUACACUGGGGAUCGGCAGAGAGGAAUAACCAUCCAAAAUGUUGAGCCCCGUUUCAGUGGUGAUUAUGUCUGCGUAGCUAUGAAGAAUGGAGUUGAGAAAGUCUCAAAGUCAUUCUCCCUCAAUGUCUAUCAGAGUUUGAACCUGCCAGUUAUUAACCCAAAUGUCUCAGAAUUAGUCCUGAAUGUGGGGCAGCAGCUGAGCCUUUACUGUGAGGGGAAUGAGGAUGUGACCUGGAUCACAAGGCUGGCAAAACACCAGAAACUGGAGAGGAAGUAUGGAAAAUACAGCAACUUCACAACCAGAGCUACAGCAGAAUUUACAGGCAUCUACAAAUGUGCAUAUCAGAACCACACUGAUCUGUUUACCUCUGUGCAUGUUUAUGUGAAAGAUCCCAAGAUCUUCUUUGUAGCAGGGACGUACAGUAAUUAUAUUAUGAAGCCUGAAGGAGUGGAUGUUCUCCUGCCUUGUCUAUUGACUGAUCCGGGAGUCACGGAGUUGUCCCUCAGGAUGAAAAAUGGCAGUUCAGUCCCAAGUGGAAUGGUGUACACUGGGGAUCGGCAGAGAGGAAUAACCAUCCAAAAUGUUGAGCCCCGUUUCAGUGGUGAUUAUGUCUGCGUAGCUAUGAAGAAUGGAGUUGAGAAAGUCUCAAAGUCAUUCUCCCUCAAUGUCUAUCAGAAGUUACGUUUCCCACCGUACGUAUUGGUUGAACGUCAGGAGCACGUGCGCAUUGUCGGAGAGAAGUUUGGAAUCAGCUGUUCCACAAGUAACCCAAACUUUAAUUACAAUGUAACCUGGAAACAUUCAGCAGGCAAGAAUUUUGAAGUGUCAGAAGAAGUAAAAUACGAUGGAAGCCAGCUGUCUAUAAUGAGCAUCUUUGAAAUCUCUGCUGUGAAGACGUCGGACACAGGGAAUAUAACUUGCAUAGGCAUGAAUGAGGCAGGCGUCAACAGCUCCACCACAUAUUUGCAAGUUGUAGAGGAAGGCUACGUGAGGCUCUCAGCCCAGCAGGACACCAUGCUGGAGGUUCCCGAGGGAGAAGAUCUGGAGCUCAAGGUGCUGAUUGAAGCCUAUCCUGCAAUAUUGGAAUCAAGAUGGGAUACACCAAGGUCGCAGAAUGUUUCAGGACAUAAAGAAGAGUUUCACAGAUUUAAUAACAGGUAUGAGUCUGUUCUGAAGCUGAACAGGAUGAAAACAACAGAGAGAGGCCAGUACAUGUUCUACGCAAGAAAUGCAAACUCAGACUCGUCAGUUACCUUUCACAUUCAAAUACACCAGAAGCCUGUUGCUUCUGUAGGCUUUCAGAAUACCACAAACCAGCUGCUCUGCAAAGCUUCUGGUUACCCAGCCCCCACCAUUCAGUGGUACCAAUGUCCUGGAAUCCAAGACCGCUGCACAGAGAACGACUCAGGAAAGAUUGAGCAGCUAAGAGGAAAUACUAUCAUCUUGCAGACAACCCCCUAUGGACAUAUUGAGGUUGAGAGCUCUGUUACCGUGGGGACAUUCAAUGAGAGGAUGACUGUGGAAUGUCUGGCAUCAAACUUUGCAGGAGAAGAUCAUGCAGCAAUUCUGACAGAAGUCAUAGAAAGGUCCUACUUGGUCAAUGAUGAGCUGUUCAAGCCAACUCUCACAGCUUCCAUAGCCGUGGCAACGCUCUUCCUGAUUCUUCUCAUGAUCCUUUUGUACAAGUACAAACAGAAACCCAGGUAUGAAAUCCGUUGGAAGAUCGUUGAAGCAAAUGAUGGGAACAACUACACAUUCAUUGACCCAACCCAGCUUCCCUACAAUGUCAAAUGGGAGUUCCCCAGGGACAAGCUAUGCCUAGGAAAGAUCCUGGGUGCCGGUGCAUUUGGAAAGGUUGUUGAAGCAACAGCCUAUGGUCUUGGGAAGGAAGACACUGUACUUCGAGUAGCAGUGAAGAUGCUUAAACCAAGUGCCCAUUGUGAUGAGAGGGAAGCCCUGAUGUCAGAACUGAAGAUCCUGAGUCACCUGGGACAUCAUAAGAACAUAGUAAAUCUGUUGGGAGCCUGUACACAUGGAGGCCCAGUCCUUGUUAUCACUGAAUACUGUAGCUAUGGAGACCUACUGAAUCUCCUCAGGAAAAAGACAGAGAGUUUUCUAGCCAAUGCAGUGAGUGAGCCCAUCCUGGAAGAGACCAGUGACUACAAAAACUUGAGCAUCGACAAGAAGUACAUAAGAAGCGACAGUGGUAUUUCAAGCUCCUCUUCGGAUGGUUACUUGCAAAUGAAGUCAAGUUUUAAUGGUUCCAGAUCUGCUCAAGGUAUACAGGAGGAUGACUGGUCCCUGGACAUGGAUGACCUGCUCAGGUUCUCCUAUCAAGUUGCUCAAGGUCUGGACUUCCUUGCUGAGAAGAAUUGUAUUCACAGGGAUGUGGCCGCGAGAAACGUCUUGCUAACUGAAGGACGAGUUGCUAAGAUCUGUGACUUCGGGCUGGCGAGAGACAUCAUGAACGACUCCAGCUAUGUGGUGAAAGGAAACGCACGUCUCCCAGUGAAGUGGAUGGCCCCAGAGAGUAUCUUUGACUGCGUGUACACUUCUCAGAGCGACGUCUGGUCCUACGGCAUUCUACUCUGGGAGAUCUUCUCAUUGGGCAAGGGCCCAUAUCCCAGCAUGCUUGUAGACAGCAAGUUUUACAAAAAGGUGAAAGAUGGAUAUCAGAUGUCCAGACCUGAUUAUGCGCCUCCUGAAAUAUACACCAUCAUGAAAAUGUGCUGGAACUUGGAGCCAACCAAACGACCAACUUUCAACAAGAUCGGGCAGCUCAUUGAAAGACUGCUGGGAGAUGAAACCAAGCAGGACUAUGAAAACAUCCAGUGUGCCACCACUGAAGAAACUGAACCCUGCAAUGACCCAAAGUCAUGUGACCAAGGAGAGGAGGACCAGCUGAAGACAAAUAACUAUCAGUUCUGCUAAACUAGCCACCGCCAUCUUCAUGGACCUACUGUACAGUGGGUCACUUUUCAAGAGGCAAAGGGGUGUUUUGGAGGUGGUACGAGUGAAGCUCUGACUUGAUAUUACUCCAGUAUAGCCUUCUGUUUUUAAAGGCACCUUUCUAUGUUAUAAAUUAUUAAUAGAAAAAAAAAACUACCCUUUCGAAGAAUGAAACUUUUUUACAUAGCCAUUAACUGUUCUCAUGGGGCACUGUGUUUAUUUUUAUCACACACGUUUGUUAUUCAGGUGGACGAUUCUGAAACUAACAGAAACAGAGUGUGAGAUCCUCUUUUUUUCAAGCACUAUCACGUAAGCCAGCGUGCUUUAACUCACCUCAGAGCAGCACAGGGUCCCUCUCUGCAAAAUCAAAACACCAAGUCAGCAAUUUUCAGAGGAAACGAAAAUUCGGAUUGUUGCAUUUUUCAUUGUUUACUAUGGUCUGGCAAACCACUUUCUCAGGUUACUUUAAGAUCAGAAGCCAAAUGAUCCACAAAGUGGUUUUUGGCUUAUAUAGGCCUCUAAGAAAUUUGAUAGACCUAAAAGUCAGAGAGCUAAAGCAACUUCCUUACAUGCAACAAGAAUCUCAAUACAUUUUAGAAUACAGGUGUGUUUACACUUGGGUGGGGGAAAGACGGCCACUAAUCACAACUGGAAUACGUUAAGCUUUUUGGUGAAACAGUACAAAAAAAUGUGUCUUGCAUGUUAACAUCUGAUGACGGAAAUGCGUAUUGACAUAACCAUCGCUUCCCUUUCUUUAACGGGAAGUUGGCAGGAGAAUAUUGAACAUGAUGCAACUUUAGCUGUUGUCACCCCUUCUGUUACUGCGCUAAUUCAAACAGAAGUCAGCGGUAUUGAUUCUGUUAUUCAAGUCCAUGUGUAGUUACAAUGUAGUAACAUAGUGAAUGUAAUUAUAAUUACAAAAUAUGUUAGCAACUUUCAAUAAUUGCAAAAUAUGCUAGCAGCUCUCAAUAAUUUUCAUUUUGUAAUAAGUAUGUUGCUGCAUUGUAACCGCACAACCAUAUAUGUAAAGACUGUUAUUGCAGUGUAGUUAAAGUGUUACUGAGUCACUUUCCUGUAGUGUGAACACACCCAAUGUGACCUGUUUGUAUCUUGAGGUGAAGGCCCUUGGUUUACUUUCGAAGCCCUCAUUUCAGUCCGCUGAAAUAUCAAACUCACUGGGCAUGCCUGUUUCAACCCAAAAUUGUUUAAAACUGACACAUAUCUUUUUUUUUAUUUUAUUUUUUUUAAAUGACAGAUCAUGGAAUUGCUGACUUGGAAUUUGUUUUAAAAUACUAUAUAAAUAUUUAAUAUAAUGGUCAAACUGUUUUAACCGUAAAAUAAGUGGGUAACAGCUCAUUGCCUCAUAGUUUGGAUUUGUCUUUCCAGCUGACAAAAAAAUGGACCAAUCUAACAAGAAUAAAUUCCUGUUAAAGAGAUAUUCUCUCUUUUUAAUUGAUCAUAAGAAAACCUGUAUAACAUCUGAUAAAAUGCUGCAUUUAAUGUAAGUGGUUCUUAAACACCUACUUAAGCCUUUUUGAUUGCUUGUUUCCAAAUUAAUGAUCUUGCCAAAUUAAAAUUUGUUCAGAUGAAUAUUAAAUAUUUUAAGGACUAUUUUGAUUAAUUAAAUCUCUUGAGCUGUUCAGAGACUAUUUAUUUAAAUUCAUAGCACUGGCUUAAACUGUUUCUCAGCCCCACAUACAGAUAUAUUAGACAGAUAAAAGGUUACACUGCCACAUGAUUUGAAUGAAAUGAGGAAUGCUGUUAGUCCCAGUACAUGGAAUUCUCCAGACAAGCUCAAGGCCAAAUAAAUGCAAUGCUUUAUUAAAAAAAACUUGGAGUAGUCAGUUUAAACCAAGCCUAAAUAUCAGAAAUGGGGUUUGCAUUAUCAUGGAGAGACGCGAGGUUGCAAUCCUUUUAAUUACUGCUUAGUUCAUACGAAAUCAGUAGUUGUUCAUGUGUAAUUACAUUGUUACUAAUGAAACUUAAACUUAAGCAUUCCCAAUUUCUGUUGGGUGUUUGUGAGCUCAAGUCAUUUCCAUGUGUAUCUACUGUAUAUAAAAACAGUUCAGUUUUCAAAUACAUGUACAAGACAUGGACCAAACAAACUUUCAGAUAAUCUGGUUUCAAUUAUUAUUAUUAUUUAUUUCUUAGCAGACGCCCUUAUCCAGGGCGACUUACAAUUGUUACAAGAUAUCACAUUAUACAUUAUUUCACAUUAUACAGAUAUCAUAUUAUUUUUACAUACAAUCACCCAUUUAUACAGUUGGGUUUUAACUGGAGCAAUCUAGGUAAAGUACCUUGCCCAAGGGUACAGCAGCAGUGUUCCCCACUGGGGAUUGAACCCACGACCCUCCAGUCAAGAGUCCAGAGCCCUCACCACUACUCCACAUUGCUGCCAAUGGUAGGUUCAGGUGAAAGAUGACUUUAAAUGUUCUGAGAGAUCCAUGCAGCUACAUGGGAAGCCAUCUUGAGGCAGGGAAUGCAAUUUAAAAGUUUAAAAAAGCGGUCAAAAUGUAAAAAAAAAAAACCAAAAAAACAAUACACACACCUUACGUAAACAUGUGUAGCAACACAUGGUAACAUGUAACACAAUACAAUAAAAAGGUAAUUAUGUACCCAUUAAUACUUUUGAUUAUUUUAAAAUGACACAGUGCCCUAUUCAGUGAUGUUUCCUGUUUUAUUCUAAUAUAAGUGAGCACGGGGUACUUCAUUUUUGUGACAAUAAUAUAUAUAUUUUUUAUUUUCUGUGGUAUAUUAUCUGUGUAGCAUACAGCACAUCUACUGCCAGUAUUAUUGAUGAUUUGAGCAUUGAGAUAUGAUAUUGAUGAGUAUUGAUCUUAAGAAACUUGUGGAGUCAUUAUGACUGGUACCCCAGGCCGGGGCCUGUUUUUAAACAGGCUGGGAUUCAUUUGUUUUAAACAGGCCCCAGCCUGGGAUAUACACUGCCAUUUUGGUCUCUCUGUGUUUGUUUAUUUCAGCAAAGAUUAUUUGUGAGAAAGAGGCCCCAGAUUUCUGAAGACUCAAGGAAUGGGAAGAUUUUUUUAAACAGCUAACAAAAUUAAGUAUGUUAAAAUGUAACACAACGUUCUUCUGUGUUGUUGUUAUUGUGUUUUUUAAAUAAAUCAUUUUGAGACUUUUCUGAAUUGUACGACUGUCAUCAAUAAAGAGCAAACGUACUGUCUACAUGUGAACGAUAGACAACAUUUAACACAUGCAUAAGGUGUCACUUUUUGUGCUCCCUGUGUGAAAAUGUCAAACGAUGUGUCAAAUUUGCAGUAAUAAUAAUUCAGGGUCAAGGCUGGGGUUGUAAGUUUUCAAAUUGGGUGGGCAGUACAGUACCAAAACCUGGAGUGGCUUUGAAACCUGUGUGGAAGCUUUUUUUUUUUUUUAACCAAAUCCCAAUUUCCAAAAUUUCAGAUGCUUUCUGAAGCUCAGAUUCUGUACAAGCCUAUACUUCAGCCUAUACAGUAAGCUCCCUAAUUAAUCUAACACAAUUUGUAGUAUGUUUCAAAACCUUUUGAAUGUACUGCUCUUUAACUGUAUUUAGUACUUGCCUAAAAUAUAUUUUAAUAUUGUAAAAUGCUAACUUAUUGGUGAUGUACCAUUCUUUUAUUUUUGUCACUGGUACUAAAAUAAACUAACCACAUUUAA